AUGGCGUCGGCGAGUCUGGGGAUCCUGAGGAGCCAGCGCUGAAGCUUCUAGUCUGCUUGUCUGGUGACGCCCGGUGUGGCCAGGCCGGGUGGCAGCUUCAGGAAAGACCUGCCCACCUAAAGUGGGCUCGUCCGCCAGCGCUGGCGGUGCCCGGCGGGGCGGGGCGAUCGCGGGGCCGCCUCGGACCGGACCGGGGGUGUAGCGCGGAGGCCGCGCGGGGCGAGCCGGCGCGCUUCGGGCUCGCUGCCCAGGCCCCCCCAGGCCCGGCGGAGCCCGGGCGGAACCCGAGAGGCGAGCUGUGGGAAGGGCUGGGGGAGCUCGGUCGCCGCCGGGUCCCUGGAGGAGCUGACAGUGCCAAGGCUUGUGAGUCCGACUCAGACCUUGGAGGAUCAUGUCCGGCACCAACAGCCCCGAAGCCGUGAAGAAGCUUCUAGAGAACAUGCAGAGUGACUUGCGGGCCUUGUCACUGGAGUGCAAGAAGAAAUUCCCGCCGGUCAAGGAGGCUGCUGAAUCAGGAAUAAUAAAAGUUAAAACAAUAGCUGCAAGAAACUCCGAAAUUUUGGCAGCAUUGAAAGAGAACAGCUCAGAAGUUGUACAGCCUUUCCUAAUGGGUUGUGGAACCAAAGAACCGAAGAUCACUCAGCUGUGUUUGGCCGCCAUUCAGAGACUUAUGUCACAUGAAGUGGUGUCUGAGACUGCCGCUGGAAAUAUAAUUAAUAUGCUUUGGCAGCUAAUGGAAAAUAGUCUUGAAGAACUGAAGCUACUUCAAACAGUUCUUGUUCUUUUAACAACCAAUACAGUAGUUCAUGAUGAGGCACUUUCUAAGGCAAUUGUUCUUUGUUUUCGACUACACUUCACAAAAGAUAAUAUUACAAAUAACACAGCUGCUGCUACAGUUCGACAGGUUGUCACUGUUGUCUUUGAGAGAAUGGUUGCUGAAGAUGAACGGCAUCGAGAUAUCAUAGAGCAACCAGUGCUGGUCCAAGGGAAUAGUAACAGGAGGUCGGUCAGCACCCUGAAACCUUGUGCUAAAGAUGCAUACAUGCUCUUCCAGGACCUCUGUCAGUUGGUUAAUGCCGAUGCCCCUUACUGGCUGGUGGGCAUGACAGAAAUGACUCGGACAUUUGGCCUGGAGUUGCUUGAAUCAGUCCUUAAUGAUUUUCCCCAAGUCUUUUUACAACACCAGGAAUUUAGUUUCCUCCUCAAGGAAAGGGUGUGUCCUCUUGUGAUAAAGCUCUUUUCUCCAAAUAUAAAGUUCAGACAAGGUUCCAGCACUUCAUCUUCUCCAGCACCAGUUGAAAAGCCGUAUUUUCCUAUCUGCAUGCGUUUGUUACGGGUAGUAUCGGUUCUGAUCAAGCAGUUUUACAGUCUUUUGGUAACUGAGUGUGAGAUAUUUCUGUCACUUCUGGUGAAAUUCCUGGAUGCUGAUAAGCCACAGUGGCUGCGAGCUGUUGCAGUGGAAUCGAUACAUAGACUCUGUGUGCAGCCUCAGCUACUAAGGUCAUUUUGUCAGUCAUAUGAUAUGAAACAGCAUUCUACCAAGGUUUUUCGUGAUAUCGUGAAUGCACUGGGCUCUUUCAUCCAGUCCCUGUUUCUUGUCCCUCCUACUGGAAAUCCUGCUACAACGAACCAAGCUGGAAACAACAACUCAGGCGGCCCAGCCUCUGUGCCAGCCAACUCAGGAAUGGUGGGGAUUGGCGGAGGGGUUACUUUGCUACCUGCAUUUGAGUACAGGGGAACGUGGAUACCUAUUCUGACCAUUACAGUUCAAGGCAGUGCUAAAGCCACAUAUCUAGAGAUGCUGGACAAAGUUGAGCCCCCAACUAUACCAGAAGGUUAUGCCAUGUCUGUGGCAUUCCACUGUUUGUUAGACCUUGUCCGUGGAAUCACCAGUAUGAUUGAAGGAGAGCUAGGAGAGGUUGAGACAGAAGGUCAGACUAUCAAUGAAGGAGCUUCUUUGCCGACACAGUCAUCAGAGCAGCAGGAUUUGCAGUCGGCAUCAGACCACAUGGAUAAAGAAAUAGUUAGUAGAGCUGUUUGGGAAGAAAUGGUGAAUGCUUGCUGGUGUGGUCUUCUAGCUGCACUCUCCCUUCUUCUUGAUGCCAGCACAGAUGAGGCUGCCACUGAAAAUAUUUUAAAAGCUGAAUUGACUAUGGCUGCUCUUUGUGGAAGACUGGGUCUUGUAACUUCAAGAGAUGCUUUUAUAACAGCAAUAUGCAAAGGCUCUUUGCCUCCACACUACACACUCACUGUAUUGAAUGCAACCACUGCAGCUACACUUGCCAAUAAAUCAUAUUCUAUCCAAGGCCAAAACGUUAUGAUGAUAAGUCCAUCAAGUGAGUCUCACCAGCAAGUUGUGGCAGUGGGUCAGCCUCUAGCAGUGCAGCCUCAAGGAACAGUAAUGCUAACUUCCAAAAAUAUCCAGUGUAUGAGGACUCUACUUAACUUGGCUCAUUGCCAUGGGGCUGUUCUUGGAACAUCAUGGCAACUUGUCUUGGCAACUCUUCAGCAUCUUGUCUGGAUUCUUGGAUUAAAGCCUAGUAGUGGUGGUGCCUUGAAACCUGGAAGAGCUGUGGAAGGACCCAGUACAGUUCUGACAACAGCAGUAAUGACAGACUUACCAGUGAUUUCCAACAUACUUUCAAGAUUGUUUGAAAGCUCACAGUAUCUUGACGAUGUAUCUUUGCAUCAUUUAAUAAAUGCACUUUGUUCCUUAUCUCUAGAAGCAAUGGAUAUGGCAUAUGGAAAUAAUAAGGAACCAUCUCUUUUUGCUGUUGCCAAAUUGUUAGAAACUGGUCUGGUUAAUAUGCACCGAAUAGAAAUUUUAUGGAGACCUCUAACUGGCCAUCUACUUGAGGUAUGCCAGCAUCCUAAUUCUCGGAUGAGAGAAUGGGGAGCAGAAGCUCUAACUUCGCUUAUUAAAGCAGGACUGACAUUCAGCCAUGAGCCUCCACUUUCACAGAACCAGAGGCUGCAGUUGCUUCUAUUGAAUCCAUUAAAAGAGAUGUCCAAUAUUAACCAUCCAGAUAUAAGACUCAAGCAAUUAGAAUGUGUGUUGCAGAUCCUACAAAGCCAGGGAGACAGUCUUGGACCUGGAUGGCCAUUAGUUCUUGGAGUCAUGGGAGCAAUCAGAAAUGAUCAAGGGGAAUCUUUGAUUCGAACUGCAUUUCAGUGUCUUCAGUUGGUUGUAACAGAUUUUCUGCCAACAAUGCCUUGCACUUGCCUGCAGAUAGUUGUAGAUGUUGCAGGUAGCUUUGGACUUCAUAAUCAAGAACUGAAUAUUAGUUUAACUUCAAUAGGUUUAUUGUGGAAUAUUUCAGAUUAUUUUUUCCAAAGAGGGGAAACUAUUGAAAAAGAGCUAAAUAAAGAAGAAGCAGCACAGCAGAAACAGGCAGAAGAGAAAGGAAUGGUUUUAAAUCGGCCUUUCCACCCAGCACCACCAUUUGAUUGUUUGUGGUUAUGUCUUUAUGCAAAAUUGGGUGAACUGUGCGUGGAUCCCCGCCCUGCUGUCAGAAAGAGUGCAGGGCAAACUCUGUUUUCUACAAUUGGUGCGCAUGGAACCUUAUUACAACAUUCAACUUGGCACACUGUUAUUUGGAAGGUACUCUUUCAUUUACUGGAUCGAGUUCGAGAGUCUUCUACCACUGCAGACAAAGAAAAGAUUGAGUCUGGUGGUGGCAAUAUUCUCAUUCAUCAUUCAAGGGAUACAGCAGAGAAGCAAUGGGCUGAGACGUGGGUAUUAACAUUGGCCGGAGUAGCAAGAAUCUUCAACACUAGGAGAUAUUUACUGCAACCUUUAGGAGAUUUUUCAAGAGCUUGGGAUGUUCUUCUUGACCAUAUACAGUCAGCAGCACUCAGCAAAAACAAUGAAGUUUCUCUGGCUGCUCUGAAAAGCUUCCAGGAAAUCUUACAGAUUGUGUCCCCCGUCAGAGACUCAGAUAAGCCUGAGACACCACCUGUAGUUAAUGUACCUGUACCUGUUCCUGUCCUUAUAGGGUCCUUAUCAGGACCUAGCUUGAACAGGCCAUUUGUAAGAACAGAUUCCAUUGGAGAAAGACUUGGAAGAUAUAGUAGCUCUGAGCCACCUAUAGUCACUGAUGAGCUGGAAGACCUGAAUCUCUGGUGGGCUGCAUGGAAUACCUGGUACAGAAUUGGAUCUGAAAGCACAAAGCCUCCUGUUACUUUUGAUAAACUGACUUUUAUUCCCAGCCAGCCUUUUCUUACAGCUUUAAUUCAGAUUUUUCCAGCUCUCUACCAGCACAUAAAAACUGGCUUCAACAUGGAUGACUUGCAAAAGUUGGGAGUCAUAUUGCACAGUGCAGUUUCAGUCCCAAUAAGUUCAGAUGCUUCUCCUUUCAUUCUUCCAUCUUACACCGAAGCAGUUCUGACAAGUUUACAGGAAGCUGUGCUUACAGCUUUAGAUGUUCUCCAAAAGGCCAUCUGUGUAGGACCAGAAAACAUGCAGAUAAUGUAUCCAGCCAUAUUUGACCAGUUGCUGGCAUUUGUAGAAUUUUCCUGUAAACCUCCACAGUAUGGACAACUGGAAACAAAGCACAUUGCAAAUGCAAAAUACAACCAGAUCCAACUAUUUGCACCGGCGGAAUGGGUAGCCUUGAAUUAUGUACCGUUUGCUGAAAGGUCUUUAGAAGUAGUUGUGGAUUUAUACCAAAAAACAGCCUGUCAUAAAGCCGUGGUGAAUGAGAAAGUUCUCCAGAAUAUUAUUAAGACUCUUAGAGUUCCUCUCAGUUUGAAGUAUUCCUGCCCUUCUGAAAGCACAUGGAAACUUGCAGUGUCUUCACUCCUCAAAGUUCUUUCUAUUGGGCUGCCUGUUGCCCGGCAGCAUGCUUCUUCUGGAAAAUUUGACAGUAUGUGGCCAGAACUUGCCAACACUUUUGAAGACUUUCUGUUUACUAAAAGUGUACCUCCAGAUAAUCUCUCUAUUCAAGAGUUUCAAAAAAAUGAAAGUAUUGAUGUUGAGGUAGUGCAGCUCAUCAGCACAGAGAUACUGCCUUAUGCCAAUUUCAUCCCCAAGGAAUUUGUUGGUCAGAUAAUGACUAUGCUUAACAAGGGCUCCAUACAUUCUCAGUCAUCUUCAUUUACAGAAGCAGAGAUUGAUAUUCGUCUGAGAGAAGAAUUUUCUAAAAUGUGUUUUGAGACACUACUCCAGUUUUCCUUCAGUAAUAAAGUCACAACACCUCAAGAAGGCUACAUGUCACGAAUGGCGCUCUCAGUGCUUUUAAAGAGGUCUCAGGACGUACUCCAUCGGUACAUAGAAGAUGAAAGACUAAGUGGUAAAUGCCCUCUUCCAAGGCAGCAAGUAACGGAGAUCAUAUUUGUUUUAAAAGCAGUCAGUACUCUUAUUGAUUCACUUAAGAAAACACAGCCUGAGAAUGUUGAUGGAAAUACCUGGGCACAAGUAAUUGCCUUAUACCCCACUUUAGUAGAAUGCAUCACCUGCUCAUCUUCUGAGGUCUGCUCUGCACUUAAAGAGGCCCUAGUUCCCUUUAAGGAUUUCAUGCAACCACCAGUAUCAAAAGUUCAAAAUGGAGAAUCUUGACCAGCUACAAUAGAUUUGAAGGAAGAAGAAUAUCCUAUCUGUUCCUGAGUCAUCUGUAAGAAGGACACUUCUUACUCCAAACUGAUGAAAGGGAUGGUUCAUACUACAGCAUACCUGCUACCCUAUCUUCAAUUGGUGAUUUUAAAGUGAGCUUAUGUACAGUUUGUGGUGUAUGUGUUAAUGAUGUACUUUUUAAAAAAAGAAAGAUAUUUCCAUUCAGUCAGAUUUAUUAGGCUGGUGUUUUUGCACCCUUUUUCAAGUACAAACUUGUACUAAAAUUUUAUGCAAGAUGGUACUGUAACAUUCCAUAUUAUCUACAACCAGCCUUUGUAAACAAAGGGAACUGAAAUACUUGUGUGUAUAAUAAAUGGUACAGUUCUGUAUAAAAUAGUUGCAUUUAUUUAAAAUUUUAAAAUAUUGAUGAUGUUACAUGCUUGAAGCUGUAUUUAUUAUUAAUACAAAAUUGUUUGCUUACA